GUGUGGUUUCUAAUUUUUUUUUCAUUUUUAUCUGCUUGCAAUUAGCAUUCUUUUCCAUACAUUUAAUUUUUCUUGUGUUUGUGAUGUAACGAUUGUAGUUUUUAGGGGCUAGUAUUAUUUCUAGAUUGAUUUUUUCUGUAUUUAAGCUUAACGAGAAGUAACUACACUAUUUAUCAUUCUUUUGGGGGUGAACUUUUUUUGUUAUUUUCAUUAGGCUUAAUGCUGACGUUCCCUAUUUCUCUAUUUAAGUUCUGGAUCCUUCGCGUUGGAACCUAUUUUUCGGACAUGUGUCGAUAAACGGAUGGUACCGACUUUUUCCCUCAUAGGCACCUCUUAAUUUUCUAGAGGACUUUCUUUGCUUUCUUUGUGUUUCAAUCUUUUUUAGUACUUAUUUUAUCAUCAAUUCCCCAUAUAAUUAUCAAUUCCCUUUUAUUUUAGUAUUACAUAUUAUCUUCUUACGCUUAAUUUUCUUUCAACAAUAAUGACGGAGACAAUGUUGGAUUGCUCUGACAAGGUGACUGAGACCAAGGAAGAACUUGUUCAGCUUGCCAAACUCGCCGAACAGGCUGAGCGUUAUGAUGACAUGGCAGAGUCAAUGAAGAAGGUUACCGAAUUUGGAGACGAACUGUCCAAUGAGGAGCGCAAUCUUCUCUCGGUUGCUUAUAAGAAUGUUGUUGGGGCUCGUCGUUCUUCUUGGCGUGUGCUUUCGUCUAUUGAGCAAAAGACCGAAGGGGGGAAGAAGACGAUGAGUAAGGAAUACCGUGAGAAGGUUGAAUGUGAAUUGCGUGACAUUUGCAAAGGUGUUAUGAAUCUUCUGGACAAAUUUCUUAUUCCGAAAGCUGGAACUCCUGAUUCUAAAGUGUUUUACCUUAAGAUGAAGGGCGACUACUAUCGUUAUCUGGCUGAGGUUUCUUCUGGUGAUGAGUUGACUGAUGUUAUCGACAAAUCGCAACAGAGUUACCAAGAGGCUUUCGAUAUUGCUAAGGACAAAAUGCCGCCAACUCAUCCAAUUCGUCUUGGUCUGGCUCUCAACUUUUCGGUCUUCUACUUUGAGAUUCUCGACAAUAAGGCCAAGGCUUGUCAGUUGGCUAAGCAGUCUUUUGACGAGGCCGUUGCUGAGUUGGACACUCUUGACGAGAAUUUGUACAAGGACUCGACUCUCAUUAUGCAACUUCUUCGCGACAAUUUGACUCUGUGGACUUCUGAUGGCGGCGUUGAGGAACCGGAGACGGCUCCAAUUGUUGCUGAUGCCGAAGGCACAAAUUAA